UUGAAAAAUAAUGGGGAGGAGAGCCCCACUGUCUGCUACUUUCACUUUCUGAAUCAAGAAAAGCUUGCUCCAGGUCCUUUCCAUUUGAAAUUCAAAUUCAAACGGUUCCCAUAGGGGACGACCACACUCAAUUUUUAUCUCAUCAUUAGUAUAGAACAAGACCACAGAGCUCAAAGCUUGGAAGAUUUUCAAGUGCCAACACUGCCAACUAGCUCAUGGGGGAGCCAACUUGUCUCAUGCAGCAACAGCCCUUCUCUUAUGCUGCUGGCAUUCCCAAUGAAGCUAAUCAGUAAAACUGUAGAACCUUCAUGUCAUUUUGACAGGGCAACCCUCUUCAUGCUCUUGGCCAAUCCAUCUCUUUUGGAAGGUUCAUGUCCGAGUCCUUAGCUUGGGAGAAAUGGUCCACCUUCUCUCAUAACCGAUAUGUUGAAGAGGCUGAGAGAUUCUCUCGCCCUGGCUCAGUUGCGCAGAAGAAAGCUUAUUUUGAAGCACAUUAUAAGAAUCUUGCUGCAAGAAAGGCAGCUGCUUUGCUUGAGCAAGCAAAUGCUGCCGCUAACAAUGUGUCUGAAGCAGCAAAUGAAGAUGAAUUUCAAGAAAAUGCAACACAAGAUCCAGGAAUAGCAAUAAGUUCUGAGGCAAGUUUUGUUCCUGAUGACAAUGUACCUAACUCGCAUGCUCAAAUGGAUAAAUCUGAAAGCAGAAAGGUCGAAGAAGUUGAUCCGCUGAGAGAAAACCAAGCUGAUCUCGAGGAUUUUGCUAAGAUUGAUUCUUUAAGCCAAGUUUAUGUUGCUGAUAACAAGGAGGAGAUGAAGGAAACAGAGCAUAGUGGAACAAAAUUAAUGGAGAAACCUUUAUUGAAGGAUUUCAUCUCUAAUAAAGACGAUUUGGGUUCGAAAAACAAGAAGAAACCUGCAGGUUGUUCCUCCAAGUCGUUAAUUUCUGGUAGAGCAUCCAAGUUGCCAUGCACACCAGUUAAACCUGCAGCUUCUGUUCGUUCUAGAAAAGAAAACAAUGCCACUCCAAUCAGCAAGAAGUCUGCAUUAGACUCCUUGGAUAAGAAGAGAUCAACUCCAAAAUCAACUUACAAGUCAGCGAAUUUCACUCCUGUCAGAGAACUAAAUAGAGUAACUUCCACAAUUAUCAGAAAGAUUGAUGGUUCUAAAGUUACUUCUAAUUCUAAAGCAUCAAAAGAUUGCCCAACUCCUCUAAGGACUCCAACCACGGUAUCUAUGCUAACAGAGCCUAAACGUCCGCUAGCCACCCCUCAGUCAGAAAACAGAAGGUCAAAAACACCUCUUCACCCCUCAGCAUCUGGGAGCAAAACAGGUCGCCCGAAGUGGCAUUUCCUCCCAAAAGAUUGCUCAAAGUUUAUGAGUUCCUGCAGAAACAAAUCUCAAUCCCCAAAUUUAUCUACACCUUUUAGAUUGAAGACUGAAGAAAGAGCUGCAAGAAGAAAGGAGAGGCUUGAAGAGAAAUUCAAUGCUAAUCAGGCACAACAGGUGCAGUUGCAAGCAACUCUUAAGGAGAAGGCGGAAACAGAACUUAAAAGACUGCGUCAAACCCUUUGCUUCAGGGCCAGGCCGCUGCCUGAUUUUUAUAGAGAAAGAGCAACACCAAAAAAUCAGGUGGAAAAGGUUCAAUUGACACAUCCUCAGUCACCCAACCUAGGAAGAACACCCACUCCCAGCAUGCUAAAGAGCACCUCUCAACCACCUCAGAGGUCUUCAUUCAAGAACAGCAGCUCUAAGCAUGCUAUGGGAAAGAAAAGUGACAAUUCACGUUCUCUAACUUCACGACUCCGAUCAAUUGCAAGUGAGAAUACUUCUCCAAAUAUUCAGCAUGAACAAGUAGCAAAAAAGUGAGCUUUUGUAUGAUGAAAUUAAUUUUCCAAGGAUCCAAUUAUAGCAAAUUCAUAUGAGGUGCUCUCUUGUAAUCUGUAUUUAGAAGGAAUAGGGUGUUGUAAAAUUAAUUUGUCCUCCGGAUACUAAUUGGAUUAGUGUAGGCCACGAAGAACGUAACUGUUAUGUAAUCUAUGAACUAAUUUUUUAACAAGA